GUCCAAACGAUGCCAACUUAUUGAAACUGGAUGUUUCACCUUGUGAUAGUGAUCGUUGCAUCCUGAAGAGGGGAUCGCACGUUUCCAUCACUAUUAAAUUCAAAGCACUCACAGACGUUGAUGCUGGAGGUCAUAAAGUUGAGCAUGGUGAGCGCAUUCUCGUGCUACUCCCUCAAAAUGGUUUAUGUAUUCACAUGAACCCAAGUUGUCCUAUCAAAACGGGAGUCGAAUACAUAUACAGUUACUCUGGGACGGUGCCCAACACCGCCGAAU